UGUUGCACCAGACGCAACCCAGAUCCUUUCAUGAAUAUCGCGCGGUUAGUAGGCUAAUGGACUGGGUCAUGAGAAAACUAACUUUGCAUUAAGAUAACAAACUGUAUUAAAAUGACUUCUGUGAAACCUGAUAGUAGGUUUGUUUAAUCUUGCCCUACACCCACGGGCCACUGUGACUGGGAUUCUUAAACUGCGUGGUGGCACUGACGGUGUUACAGAGCUGCAUUUAGCUCCACCUUUAUUCUAUGUCGGUGGUGUCUCGCAGCGUCUGGCUGUGAAGGCGGAGAGUGAAUACAGAGUAAACGGCUGCUGUCAGACUCACUGUGUGUGUGUGUGUAUUUGUGGGUUUUUAGAAAGAACCGAAAGCCGAGAACGUGCGAUACUAUAAUGUUGCCCGUGCACAAAGCUGCUCAAUAGCAAAUUGAGAAAAACAGUGGACAGGAAAGGCAAUCACCUUGAACUGCUGUGCCAUGGGAGGGCAAAUAACCCGAAAUACCUUGUACGAUUCCCUUGGUGGGUCAUUCCCAGCCACCUCGCACCGAUGUCAUCACAAGCCCAAGCGCUGCCCACCGGUCCAGCAGCGCGGGGGGUUCCCUGUCAGCCCUCUGCUCUUCCACCCCAACGCCAAGGGCUCGCAGAUCACCAUGGACCUGUCCCUGAAGACUGUCAAGAGGCAGGCAAGCUUCUGUAAUGCCAUCACCUUCAGCAACCGGCCCGUGGUGCUUUAUGAGCAGGUCAGACUCAAGAUCACCAAGAAGCAAUGCUGCUGGAGCGGGGCUUUGCGACUGGGAUUCACUGCCAAGGACCCAUCUCGGAUUAACCCGGGCACUCUUCCUAAGUACGCCUGCCCAGACCUGGUGUCCCAGAGUGGCUUCUGGGCCAAGGCCCUGCCUGAGGAGUUUGCCAACGAGGGCAAUGUCAUUGCCUUCUGGGUGGACAAGAAGGGCCGGGUUUUCUACCGGGUCAACGACUCCAGUCCCAUGCUCUUCUUCAGCGGAGUCCGGACCACCGAUCCACUCUGGGCGCUAAUAGAUGUAUAUGGGCUGACUCGAGGGGUGCAGCUGCUUGACAGUGAGAUUGUGCCCCCUGACUGCCUGCGCCCCAGGUCCUUUACUGCUGUACGGAGACCCUCGCUGCGCAGAGAGACAGACGAUGCUCGUCUCUCGGUCAGCCUGUGUGACCUCAACCUGCAAGAGGAAAACCUCCAUCUCAUCUCAGCUGCGUGUCCCAUUCCACAGAACUCUCUGAACUCCCAGCAGUCACACCUACUGCCCUCCCACCUGGACAGUGACCUGCACUUCCACCAGCUGAGGGGGGCGCACAUCAAGACGCUGGACGAGCAGACGGUGGGCCGUUCCGAGCACGCACGCGAGGAGAGGACUUUGGUGUUCACUAACCGGCCCCUCCGAAUCGGGGAGACAAUUUUCAUCAAAAUCAACAAGUCCAACACGGGCCGUUCGGGCUCCCUGUCUUAUGGAGUGACCUCCUGUGAUCCCAGCGUGCUGCGGCCCAGCGACCUGCCCUACAAUCCGGAGUCUCUGGUGGACCGCAAGGAAUUCUGGGCAGUGUGCAGGGUGCCCACUCCCCUCCAGAGUGGGGACAUCCUGGGCUUUUUGGUCAACCAGGAAGGUGAACUUCUUUUAAGCCACAACGGAAUGAAUGCUGGGAUGCAGGUCUGUGUAGAUAACUCCCGCCCACUAUGGAUGUUCUUUGGGCUGCAUGGGGCAUUGGCACAGCUAAGAAUUUUGGGCUCCACCCAUCUGCCAGAACCCCGUGGACUCACAGCUCCGAACUCCCCCGUCUCUACCCCCAACACUCCCACAGUCCUCUGCAAUGGGGGCUCUGACACCACACUCCACGCCAGCAGCUCUGCCGGGGAUACAACUCCGAAUUCUCCCGUCAGCUUACCGGAGUCCCCCACCUUCCCUGCAGCCUGUAGUUCUUGGAGUGACGAGUGUACCAUCUGCUAUGAGAACACGGUGGACACUGUGAUCUACGCAUGCGGGCACAUGUGUCUGUGCUACACCUGUGGCCUGAAACUGAAGAAAAUGACCAACGCAUGCUGCCCGAUAUGUAGAAGGACCAUCAAAGACAUAAUAAAAACCUACCGCAGCAUGUAGACACAGGGAUCCCAUCUUAACUGUGGAAUUGGGGAGCUCUUUUGUAAGGGAACAUUAAUGUGAUGCAGAGCAGCCCCACUCUGAAAAGGGAUUCGCUCUUGUUAAGAUUAUCUCUAGGUUCAAAAAGUCCAUGGUUUGAAGGUUUCUUUCACAAACUUAUUUUUCCAAUUGUUUUUUUACUAGCAGGGAGAACUGCCAUCCUAACAAUAGUUUGGUCACUGGGGCGCCCAGGUUGUUUAAAGAGACUGAAAAUAAAGAGACACAUGUUUGAAGGUUCAAAAGUUGCCUUUUGCAUUGGAGGCAGCUUGAUCCAAUGAAACUGAAGUUCAAGUGAAGGAGCAAAAGAAAAGCGACUUGUUAGUUAAACAGUCCCCUCCAUGGUUAGAGAAAUCACGUUGAGAAAAGCUGGUAGCCCAGUUGGGCUUCCCAUCAACUUGAAGCACUGCAACUUUAACACAACUGUUGUCUGUGUGCAGUCUGGGUGGCACACCAACCCAAGCAGAUAUAAAGCUGACCUGUGUGUUUGCAAUUGCAGAACAUGUAACACAAUUCAUGCUCAUGGGGUAAACUAGCCAUAAAGUCCUGCAGAUGUUUCAUUAACAUUUCAUCAACACAAAUACAAACGACUUAGGCAUCUUUCUAGUGCCACCCAUGUGUUGAAUGUGGCAACACUGUUUUUAUGAGGGUGGCAUUGCAUGUCACAAGACAGAGUUACAUUGGUAGAGGAAGUAGAGGUGUCAAACUUUAAAUGGAUAUUAGCAAGGCUGUGUAUGCAUAUAUAUUGCAUUUAACCCAUUCAAAAGACUGGACAAUAUAAUGAUUUGGCCCCAGACCCAGUAUUCUGUCCUAGAGGGUACAGAUAGUUGUGAUGCAGUGUAAGAGGUGAGUGAUGAAGCCCUGUGUGACAAACACAUAAAUAAGGGCAGAGUGAAGGAUUUAUUGAUCAGUUUCGUUAGGAAUGACUCGUGUCCUCUCUCUAGAACCGUUCAUAUACACCAGGUACCACAGGGUUCCACAUAUAUUGGACCAGUAAACAGAAUAUUUCAAAGAAAAUUAAAAGUUCUGGAUCACCUCAAUAAUCUAGAGGACUCCUUUCUGACUUGGGCACAUCCAAUAGAUUACUACGUAAGGAUCAGUACUGUGCAUAGACACAAUGGAGACGUUGAGCUGGCUUCAUGAGUGGAUGUUUAAAGCAAUUGAAACUGUUGUGCUUCUGCUCCACCACACAAGGAAUGGAAUUUUGUUUUAAUGUAUAAAGGUACAGAGAAAGGAAGAUGUGUUUUUAGUUUUUCACAGGGUACACACACAUCUAAAGGGUUUUGUAAAUACCUGAAGGUGCCCUUCAUUUCUGACCUAUGACCAAAUACCGAUAUGGUGGUCAUGUGACUUUUGUUUCUGUUUCGGACGAUUAAGACCAACUGUAUUGGGUGAUUUCCUGUCAUAUUGAUUAUAGGCAUCAUGCAAGGAAAAUGAACCCUUUUGUGGCUGUAUUUUACAAAGCUGCUGCCACCACACUGCCUGGGCCUUUACAUUGACCUCAGAUCCAAUAUGGGUGGUUCCCACAGGAGUGAGGCAGAACAUUUUGAGAUAUUGUUUUCAGUUUUAGUACAAAGCUGUAAUCUAGAGUUUGCUCAGUCAAGUUACAUUACUGGUGUUUAAAUUAAUGGUUUCAUUGCCACAUCAUUUCUCAUGUCUGGCCAUAUCAAUGAUACAGACCACAGGCUUUGCCUUCAUAUUUGGUGCAACAUUGUCUUUUAUGAUUAGUUUUGAAAGUGGUCAUUGUCCAUUACAACUCUAUUUGGUGGAACAUUUUGUUUCAGAGUUCAUAUUAAAUAUCUCAUACAAAUGUGGCAAUGACCUUGGGCUUGACCUCUGACCGCCCCCAGAGGAUAAUUCAAUUCAGGUCAGUAUUAUAUGAUUGAAUAUGGAAACUGUGAGUAAACAUCAGUAAUGUAAAAAUAAUAAUAAAAGAUUAACACAAGUAUUUAGCAAAAUCAAGUGAGACAGGAAGGUACAGAACUUUGCAUUGUUGUAAAAGGAAAUUCCAUGAAAGAACCUGUUGAAAAAAAUCCUGUGUUUCAUUCCCACAAACAAACCCAGUUUUGUUUUGCGCUAAUAAUUGGUUAAUGUACAGAUCUUAGCACCGCAGUUUCAAAAAAACAUUAGUAUUUGUGUAAAAAAAAAAAGAACGUGGCAUUCUAUAUUUUAGGGCAUCCGUAGCUAUCCAUAAGUGACGGCUUUGGCCUGUUGAAAAGCUUCACAGUCCCGAUUUCACUGUUAAAGUAUUGAUUUUCUGUCAACAGAGAACUCCUGUAGACAGAGCUGCAUUCAUUUUCAGUGUGUAUAUGUGGCGGCUGUUAAAAUAAUGAUUUGAAAUCAUCAUAGGGUUAGAAUUAUAACACAGUUUAAUAUUGGAGACUAAAUUAUUUAUUGUGAUUUUUUUUUUUAAUUCUAAAUCAGUUUUUGCUUUUAAGCAGCAGCAGCAAAUGUCAGUUCUGUAAACGUAUCUGUUUUCAUGUUUGAGUAUUGUUUGUAAAGGUUUAGUUAGACUAUUGUGUUAUAACAGUAUAUUACUGUAAAAAAUCUAAUCAUCUCAUACCUCCUUUUACAAAAUUGAAACUGUGCUUUUUUGCUUUGUGAUUGUAGAGGGGAGCUAUUUUUUUUUUUAUAUAAAUACAGUGCCUUUGGGCAGUUUCUUUUUAGCUUUGAUUGGUACAGGAAGUGUUCUAGAACAUUCUGUAAUCUACUGAAAAUGAUGUUGGAAACACUGGGACUCAUCAUUCCAUUUGCAGUCACUUCUGGUUAAAUAGAAAACAAGUUUCCGAUAUUUUUCUUUUAAGAUAAUCUUUUUCUGUUGUCUCCAGUGUAUAUUCCAGUCAACAUGAAUUAAAGGCUUCCCAUUGUCUGUAUUAGCAUUUUUUUUUAAUUAUUAGCUGCAAAGAAGCUUUACCUGUCACUUUCGUGCCCAAAGACACUGUAUGAAGACCUAUUUUUUAUAAUAAAGCGUUUGCGUUACAAAGGAAUAUUCCACACAGCAUUUCUGAGGCAGCCUAGGUACUGGUUACUGAAGCAAAGUAACCCAACUUUCCCCUCCCAAAAAAGGGCAGAGGGUUCCUUUGAGCAAUGCCACUGGAGCUGUGCAAUGUAAAUAACACUGAGAUCCCAUAGCAUUUACAUGCUUAGUGCAUAGUAACUACAGUAUGUCAGGUUCAGUUUCCUUCCUGGUGAGAAAUGGAUCAAAUUUGUAAUUGAUUCACUAACAUGCACAUUUUAUGAAAGUACACUAAGAAAUUACCAGGAAGCCACUGCAGUGAUGUACAAUGAAUACAGAAUACCGACUUGUAACAGCCUAUUCUUUGUUUCUGUUGUAUUUUAGCGUUUCUGAAACCGGUUCCAUUUAGAGAAGUGACAUUUAUAUUCAGCCUUUACAAAUGUUUUAUAGGACACAAAUGAAUAUUGUACUCUUGUACGAAAAGAUCCUGUCAUAUAUCAAAGUUGUUGUAAUGCCUUUUGAAAGCGUUGUGAGCUUGACAAUCUCCUCUGAGCACCUAACUAUCUAACAGUGUUGUGAUGGCCCGCACAGCGGUUUAUCUUGUGCUAAUUAUACACUCAACCACUAAUAAGGAACAGGGGGACCAAAAGAGGAUAAAGCCACCACUGAAGCUGGAGAUUCAGAUUUGUAUUGUUGUUUUAAAGAUUUUAAAUCAGGGGAAAUCAAGGCAUUCUUUUUCUCCAGUGUCUCUUAUAUUUCAAAAUACAGUUCAGGUGUGUUUUUAUUUAUUAUCAGUUUUCAUUGCUCUGUUUGUAGGUGUUCUGUUCGCUGUGUGAGUCAAAUGAUUGUGGGGCUGUCAAUAAAGUUUCAAACAUGUUUCAGAGAUGCUGGUGUUAUUUGACUUAUUUCAUUUGAUAUGAUUUUACAGUGAUGAAGAUGGCCAUUAUAGUUGGUUGGGUUAGCAAUUGCAAUGUUACAGACAGGAUAUGAAGGUGUCAUUUUAAUAUUGUUUGACAGCUACAAAGUCAAUGUCAAUGAUUCUUGGCAUUGAAGCAUUUAGCAGCCAAAGAAUAGGGUGUUCUGGACUUUAUGGGAAACAGGAAAAGGUACAGCAACGUUAAAAAAAAAAAAAAAAAAAAAGUUCAAGCCUCAAAGCGCCAUCUAGUGGGUGAAAAAGGUUUCCUCAAUAAGUCUAACACUCCCACAAUAUUAGUGACCUUGAAACCCCAAUGAGAAUGGAGUUGUUUUUAAAAGAAUCGUCCAGUGAAGCUCUUAUAAAACACAGUGAGCUCAUUCUUCCAGACUGACUCCCUACAAGAUUAAAGCCAUCACACUCUUUAGAAGCUUUCAAAUACAAAGGAGUCAACCUGAUAAAAAUGUAACCGUCAGCUAGUGAGUCUGAGAAACAGCGCUGCAGCUCAUCAAAGAAGGAAGCAAGGGGAAAUGGGGGUCUUGACUUUAAAUAGAAUGGAGGGACUUUAAUACAGGGUAAAUCUGUCUUUACUAAAUCUAAGCUGUUUAAAACAACAUUGAUUUAGGAGCUAAGCUUUAAACACUGUCCCCAAACGAGACAUGAAAACAUGAAAGCAGUACUGUAAGUUCUUCUCUAUAAAUUACAGCCUGACUGCUUGGCACAUCCUAUGCUCCAGCCUAAUGACCUGUCUGCCCCAAAACACAGCUGUCUAUGAUUACAGCACAAAAUGAACAACGUGAGAAAUAUGUGGGGUGAAUUUUCUUUCAAAAAGUUAUAGCAGAUUGUCACACUUGGGCUAUAUACACACAUGCUUUGGAUUAGGGAUCGGGUUCAGGGUUAGGGUUAAGGGUUAGGGUUUAGGGGUUAAGGGUUAGGGUUGGUAUAGAACACACCAAGGGGAACACAAGGACACAUUAUCACAUGGUUAAUAAAUUAGUAUUAACAUCACAGAAUAAUACAAUGUGAAUGAAUGAGCUGAAACAGCUUUAUACAGUAGAUGCUCAAAGUCAUAUGCACACACGGGCUUCAACUAGCUUGGGUGUGUAAUAUAUCCCAUAAUCAAAUUAAAACAAUUAUAUUCAAAUAAUAUUAAACUGGCACAUAGAGUAUAC